GUGAAAGGGACAUCACAAUUAGCCUCACCUGUUGAUUUUGACAUUUUUGGAGGGAAAGUUUGGGACAGAGGCAAGGGGGGAAAAGUGUGACCCUGUGUUCUGUCAUCCGUCUGGGUGAGUUUGGUGAGUUUUCUAUUUAGGGUCCUGCCAUUAUGGGAGAGGACCUGAAGUAAUAACAGCACUCCUCUUUCCUUACCUCUCCUUCUCUCUGGGAUGGAUUACAGAUCUUUGGCUGAUCUGACACUCCUGCCCUGCUGAAACUGCUGCCUGGGACAUCCAAAAGAAGGACCAGACCUUCAGACAUUAGAGCUAUAUCUCAUCUCAGAGGUGUAUUUUCAUUUUAGGAAUCUCCCUAAAUUGCCACCAUGGCACUAAUGAAGGUCAAGUUUGACCUGAAGAAGCGGGUGAAACUGGCCCAGUUCGUAUGGCUGAUGUACUGGUUCUCAGUGAUGGCAGGCGUGCUGGUCUUCAGCAUGGGGCUGUUCUUUAAGAUCGAGCUGCGUAAGCGCUCAGAGAUGAUGGACAACAAUGAGAGCCACUUCGUUCCUAACCUACUAAUCGGCGUGGGGCUACUGGCCUGUGGGAUCAAUGCCAUGGGAGGCAAGAUCUGCUAUGACUCCCUGGACCCCAGCAAGUUCUCCAGGUGGAAGCCUAUGCUCAAACCCUUCCUAGUCUCCUGUGUGGUUUUCAAUUGUCUCCUGGUGCUGACGGCUCUGCUCUGCUUCCUUAUGAGGAUCCCUCUCCAGUUCACGCUGGCCGAGGGCCUGAAGAACGCCCUGAAGUUCUACAAGGACACAGACACGCCGGGACGCUGCUACAUGAAGAGAACCCUGGACCAGAUGCAGAUGGAGUUCCGUUGCUGCGGCAACAACAACUUCAGGGACUGGUUCGAGAUCCAGUGGGUCAGCAAUCGCUACCUGGACUUCAGUGCCAAGGAAGUAAAAGAUCGUAUCGGCAGCAACGUGGAUGGGAAGUACCUGAUGGAUGCUGUUCCAUUCAGCUGCUGUAACCCCGGCUCCCCGCGGCCCUGCAUCCAGUACCAGGUGACCAACAACACGGCCCACUACUCCUACGACCACCACACCGAAGACCUGAACAUCUGGAAACGGGGCUGCCGCGACGCUCUGAUUUCCUACUACGGAGGCAUGAUGAACAGCAUAGGAGCCCUGGUGCUGCUGGUCACUAUUCUGGAGGUUAUUGUGAUGAUCGGCCUCCAGUACGUGAAUACCUCCCUGUCUAACCUGGCCAACCCAGAGGACCCAGAGUGUGAGAGCGAAGGCUGGAUCCUGGAGAAGACAGUGAAGGAGACGUUUACUGACAUCAUGGACAAGAUGAAAGCCAUGAGUAAAGGCAAUGCAGUGGACGAGGCCGGAGUGGAUGGUGUCGCCACGGGCAGCUGAACAAGACACGUUGACACAAACUGAGACCAUUCCCACCGAAGGGAAGAAGGGCAGAUUGAACAACUCCUUUGCAUUUAUUACACAUAAUACACACAUAAUACACACAUAAUACACACAUAAUACACACAUAAUACACACAUAAUACACACAUAAUACACACAUAAUACACACAUAAUACACACAUAAUACACACAUAAUACACACAUAAUACACACAUAAUACACACAUACAUGCCCGACACACACAAUACUGUCCAUCUGAAGGGAAAACUGAAAUGGACACAAAUGGACUCUUGAGUACAUGUCAGCACUUACGAUAUGUUGAAUGUACGAAUGCAUGAAUGUAUGUAUAAGUCACAUUAUAACCAAUUUCCAAUAUGCCCUCCCCCACUCCAAUACACACAGACUAACACACAAUACACACUUUUUCUAACACUCAUACCUUUUACACACACACACACACACACACACACACACACACACACACACACACACACACACACACACACACACACACACACACACACACACACACACACACACACACACACACACACACACACCUCUCCUCCAACCUCAGCUUUGCUACUCUGCUUCAGUUUUCUUACGUUCUGUAUAAUUCUGCUCUGUUUCAUAUUUCAUUUUCUAUAAAACGAGGGAAAAACUAAACACCACCCAGUGUCAUGAAAAUGCAUAAUGUCAGAUGUUUUGCAUUGCACUGUGAAAAUGCAUUUUUAAGAGUACGGUCAGGAAACCAGGUAUGUUGUGUUUUAUGGAUAAUGUGGGGCUGGUGGUUGCGAUGCAUCCCGCUCCCCUUCCCAGAGAGGAGGUUAAAGUGGAAAGGUUAAAUGUUAAUUCAUAGCCCAAGGAAUAUAUGUUUUGGAUCCACCUGUAGUGCAGUUUUUUCUAUUAGAUAAUUCAUAGAAAAUUCAAAAGAAAAGGACUGAAACACCCCAGAUAUCAACUCUUUAAAGUUCUUAAUUUCUAACUUAAUUUGAGAGAUGGAGGAGGGCUGGAGACUCCUGGGCUGGAAGAGGUGGAUCCAUUUCACCCUAACCCGAUGUUGUUGAAGUUUAGGGAGGAGGGGCUAAAGGAGACGUGGCGGGGGUGAACCAGGGGUGACCCCACAGUUGAGGACAUUUGAGACUGGCAGCUAAACCCCUGGCCUCUGACCCCUGAACUCUGACCCCAGCCGUCUGCUCUGUGAGGUCACUCAGCAGGUCCAAUCAGCAUUCUCUUAUUGGAUUAUCAAGAGCUACUGUACAUACCCACACACUCACAGACCAACUCCCAGGCUACUGUUGUCUUUGUAAAUAGUCUAGUAUUGAUACAUAACUUUUUUUAAACCGUGUAAUUCAUUUAAAUUAUUUUAUUUACGGAAAAAAAAAUGUUUUGCCAUGAGAAAUCCUUCUGUUUUUCUUUCUGUAUGUUGUGUAGAAGGAUGAUGAGGCCAUUGUGUAAAUGAUUUGUUUUGCCAUGAGAAAUCCUUCUGUUUUUCUUUCUGUAUGUUGUGUAGAAGGAUGAUGAGGCCAUUGUGUAAAUGGACAUGUUAAUAAAGAAGCUAGCCCUGUGAAGUAGAGUUG